AUGUCAGGUCCACGCCCACGUCCUCAUCCACAUCCUCUUGCCUUGUUUUCUCUCAGGCCUCUGAACGAGCGAGCUGAAAAUGUCGUCGUUCAUCCGUGCAACAGCCAUCUCACCUCGAUCCUGAGCGAUGGAUCUGUUGGUUUAGACAUCGGCUUCCAAAUCCGGUCGAAGUCAUACGGAACACUUGCGACGUUGGGGCGCGGUGCGGAUGCCGAUAUCUUUGUUGAGGGCAGCAGCAUUGCGAAGCUCCAAUGCUCGUUUGAGAUCCAAUCCUCUUGCGAGUUCGACUCGAACCGAAUUGUGAUCAUGCUCUAUGACAGAUCCCACGGCCAAAUGACACAGGUCUAUGGCGAUAAUGCUAUGCCAUUCGAGCACGGACGUUCUCGCAAAAUCCUGGUGCAGGAAAAACUGAACACUGUGGUCGGUAUGGGCGGUGUGGGAAAAGACCUCGUCGUAUUCGAGCUGGAGUGGCAGCCAAAUGCAGCUGAGACGAUGGAGAGGACGAAAAGUUCGUCGGAAAAUUUGCCAGGCGGCUACGCUGAGAACCCUCGCCUAGCCCGGACCGUGGACGAUUCAGAAACCGUCUUGCCGUCCCGUAGGGAGACGCGAACGCACACGCCAGGCCAUUUUCAACCGAAGAUAAGACAUAAAAAGCUGGGUGAGCUUGGAUCUGGACAAUUCGGAACCGUAUACAAGGCCAUCAAUGUGGACACGGGCAAGCUUGUUGCCGUCAAGGUUUUGCAACCGCCAGAGCAAGUGUCAAAACUAGAGCGGUGGAGGAAAUUAUUGAAACGAGAGGUCAAGAUCCUUUCACAGAUAAGCCAUCCCCAUAUCGUUGACUAUAUUGCGUCGGAAUGCUUGGAUGGACGGAAGGUGCAGAUAGUUAUGGGCUACAUGAAAGGAAGUUUAGAUUCAUUGGUCCAGGAGGGUUCAUUCGAGUCGAUCACCGUCCUCGCGCAGUCUGUUUUGAACCAGAUGCUUCAGGCGCUCGACUGCUUGGCAGCAAACGAUAUCAUCCACCGAGAUGUCAAGCCGGAUAAUAUCCUUUGGACGGGGCAGCACGGGCAUUUUAUCUUCCAACUUGGAGAUUUCGGUCUCUGUAACUUCACGGUAGAAGCGGUGACUUUUGCCGGCACUCCGAUCUUCAUGGCGCCCGAGUUCUUCCAGGGGCUUGGCCAGACGCACAAAGCGGACGUGUGGUCUCUUUUCGUGACAGUACUGUGGACACUGGAUUUAAAUGGCUUCCGCAAGAAUUCUGAGAAGUACUCUUCUAUACAAGAUGUACACAGGGAUAUCUUCAAUGCUUCCUCAUAUGUGGAUAUUAUUCAAGAAAUGGGGAGAGUGGAUCCAAAUGAACGCGCUUCCGCCGCACAGAUGCUUGUCAAGUGCUUUAACGCAAAGGGGCUGACCACACCACUGGAGAGGAUCCCAGAACUUCCUUCAGCAAACAUACAAUUCAAAACUGCGACGAAAUGCUUCAAGGCGCCCAAGGAACCUUAA